GACAGUGCACCUCCCUGUGGCACCUGUCACGAUCACGGUUAUGACAGUCGUCGCACUACAAGAAUAGAGUUCCACCGAGAACGUCAAAAACAAAUCAUAUCAUCGUGGAAUUGUUUUUAUUUCGGUACAAGCCACGAAAAAGUGCAGUGAGAAACGAAUGUAUAGAGGGCGCAAACAUCCCACAGUCACUACGGUAGAUUGUUUACCCAUACACGCCGGGGAGAGCGCACAACAGUUCCAAGAUCGCAAACCGCGCGCGCGCACCUAACCUCUAUUAAUCGUUCGCGCCCGAGCAUCUUUUGGCAUUCUGUUCUCUCUCUAUAUAAGCCGGCCCGGAGUGAAAAUAAUCUUUUCAGUAUAUUCGCAAAUCUUUAGCAGUUAGCAUCGCGAUUUUACGGGAAAUAAAGAAUAUCGCGCCGCUUUCCGAGUGUGGCACAGUAUAGAAGAAGUUGCCAGUUACAAGCAAGUGGUUGCGGUUUGCGGAAAACCGCCGAAAGAGUAUCGCCCGAAUUAGUUUUGUGCUUCGUUUUUUUUUCUUUCGCUAUUCAUCUUUCGUUGCACGCACCGUGACGUGACAGUCGGAAUCGACUCAGUUGUUGUUGAGGGGGUGCCAAACUAACGUCCAAUCGAUCGCAACUCUCAUGCCAUGCGCGAAUCAAUUUCGCAGCUCUUCUCUUCAACAGCAGCAGCAGGCCAUGAUUGUCGGAAAAACAGUUCAGACUCCGAUAAUAGCUUUCCAGGACAAAAUGGGUCAAUUGGAGAUCUAUCAAAAGCAGUCUGGAAUUCCCAAAUUGGGGUCGGAGCAAAAGAUGCCAACGGGAACAUCGGGAGAGGGACGUCCGAAACGGCAGAGACCGACUCAUCAGGGACCGGGGGGAUGCGGGACUCGCUGGAGGGGACGGGCUCAGCGCAGAACGACCUUAUUCACCUCAAGAGACGGGUGGGACUCUUCAGUGGGGUGGCUUUAAUUGUCGGAACGAUGAUCGGGUCUGGAAUUUUUGUAUCGCCAUCUGGUUUACUAGUGCGAACUGGUUCCAUUGGUGUGAGCUUUAUUAUAUGGAUGGCCUGUGGAUUGCUCUCAUUGUUAGGUGCAUUGGCGUACGCUGAGUUAGGCACGAUGAACACAUCAUCUGGAGCAGAAUGGGCAUACUUCAUGGACGCGUUCGGUGCCUGGCCGGCAUUUCUGUUCUCGUGGGUCUCGACGUUGGUGCUGAAGCCAUCCCAGAUGGCAAUCAUCUGUUUGUCCUUCGCACAGUAUGCCGUCGAAGCCUUCGUGUACGAAUGCGAUCCACCACUGUCUGUCGUGAAAAUGGUUGCAAUAUUGGCGAUUGUGAGCAUUUUAUUUGUAAAUUGUUAUAGUGUUAAUUUAGGGAUGGCUGUACAAAAUAUCUUUACCUCUGCAAAACUGGUUGCGGUACUUAUCGUUAUCUGCGGUGGCGCCUACAAGCUAUUUCAGGGCAAUACCCAGCAUCUGCAGAAUGCAUUUACCGGACCCACACCAUCGCUGGGCGCGAUUGCGACGGCCUUCUACACCGGCUUAUGGGCCUACGAUGGCUGGAACAAUCUGAACUACGUAACGGAGGAAAUCCAGAACCCGAGCAAGAACCUACCACGCUCGAUUAUCAUUGGUAUUCCGCUAGUAACGCUGUGUUAUGCAUUGAUCAAUGUGUCCUACCUUGCGGCAAUGUCACCCACGGAGAUGAUUGAAUCAGAAGCCGUUGCGGUUACCUUCGGUAAUCGUAUUCUAGGUGCGAUGGCUUGGUUGAUGCCGCUGAGUGUCACAAUCAGCACAUUUGGUAGCGCCAACGGAACUCUCUUCGCCGCCGGAAGGUUGUGCUUCGCAGCUAGCCGUGAGGGGCACCUGUUGGAUAUUCUCUCGUACGUACACGUUCGUCGUUUGACGCCGGCUCCCGGACUGAUCUUCCACUCGCUAAUCGCUGGCGCGAUGGUUCUGUACGGUACGAUUGACUCACUAAUCGACUUCUUCAGUUUCACGGCUUGGAUUUUCUACGGCGGCGCCAUGUUGGCACUUAUCGUCAUGCGUUAUACCAAACCCAACUACCCGAGGCCCUACAAAGUUCCACUUAUCAUUCCAAUACUGGUUAUGGUUAUUUCCGGUUACCUCGUGGCGGCACCCAUCAUCGAGAAGCCGCAAAUUGAGUACCUUUACGCAGUGCUGUUCAUUUUCACUGGACUCAUCUUCUACGUACCCUUCGUGCACUGGGGCUACCAUCCCAAAUUUAUGAACAACUUCACACUCUUCUUCCAAAUGCUGUUCGAGGUUGUUCCGACCACAUCGAUGGCAAUGUUUGACUGAACUAUGGAUUUACCUGGAGAAUAAACAACGCAAGAAACCAUCAUUAGCUGUUCGCUAUCAACAAUCAAACUCUAUCCAACCAAUAGCAAGCAAAGCAAAUCAUGUUGAAGUGUUAGAAAAUCCCGCUUAUAUUUAGAAACAGCGCUUCAAAAAAUAACGAGCGACGCGCAUAAAAGUUACAAUGAAAAAUCAAUCAGAAUAGCAAUAACAUUUGGAUUGAAGCCACACCCAUUAUUAAUGUAGGCAUCGUAGGAACAUUGGUAGAAUAACCAUUUUUAAGAAAUUAUCGGUCGAAAAACACAGAUGAGCAAAUAGUUAAUCGAGCAUGUGCCAAUCGAAUGUACGUUAAGGGGGAAGCGACAGCCAUACAAGUGGAAAGCCAACAGCAUCAAACUCAAGAACCAAAAUGAACAUCUUCAAUACCAAUAAUCAUCCUAACACAAGUAAAAAAGCAACAGCAAAGACACAAUUAUAAACACUGCUCAAACAUGUCGAGAACUAGGAAACUACCAUUUUGUUGCUCUCUUUUGGAUGAAUUUACAGGAAGUAUGAAAAACCAAUGUCAAGUACCAAAUUUCACUUAUCACAGUUCUCGAUGAAAAGACCACUUUUGUCGAUAAAUCCCUCCGAUAUUGAUUAUUUAUUGAAAUCACCUAAUUUCGAACCACACUUUGGGCUCAUCGAAAACUGAGGGGGUUUGAGCUAACAACAAUGAAGGCGAUUACAUCGUAUACAAUAUAUUAUUAGUUAAGAACAUAACACUGAACUUGGUCCAGGAAAAAUCGUUUGUUUUCGCUGAUCUAACCCCUUGAUAUUUCCCCUCAAUUUACAGUACUUACUAUCGAACCAUAACUUUGAAAUUGUGGUGAAAUUGAAAGCGACUUGCAAAGACUAAAAACCCCCCUCAAAAACGCGUAACUGCACGGAUCAUUCCCGAAUGGUCGUUCCCCAAAUUUGUAUAAAUAUAUAAACUUCAUAUUUUUAUAGUUUAUUGCUGUUUCGACUGUACAUUUGUUUAUAUAAUGAAGAACGAAAGUUUUUAUUUACUUCUUUUUGGGAACGAUCAUUAUCUCGUCAACUUAGUGCAGGAGUUGGCGAAACCAAAAUUCACGCAGAUAACCACACUCAUCAGCAAAGUAAAUUUAUAUGUUUGGACAAAAUUCAUAUAUCUACGAAGAAUGGGAAAUACAUAAACAUCCUUAUCGCGGGUUUAGUUAUACACAGUUGUGAACUAUCGAGAAAACCGUUGUUAUUUUCAGAUCUGUUUUUUUUAAUAAUCGAUAUGACUUACAUAGUUGUAAAAAUUGUUGAAGGUCCGAUCGGUACACUAUGGAGCUAUCAUUCCGUACCGACGGAUCGGUUACAAUUACAUCACUAGCUCGUUAGCUUAUUUUUAUUUAUUUCGAAUUGAUUGUAGUAUCCGGUGAUAUUGAUUAGGUAUAGGUAAAUCACAACCUCUUUAUUGAAACCAGAAAUACACGGGAAAACAAUCGCCUAAUGCAAUACCGAUCUGUUGUAAACAGUGAAGCUGAGAGAUAUAGAAACAUUUCGACAAAACUGAGAUAUUACUUGGAACUGAAGGAACAGUUGAUCUGACUGCUUUUGAAGAAACGGAAGUACCACGAAUGUUACAUACUGAGCGCAACCGGAAAUUGAAAUAAAGAGUAAAUUAUUUUCACAUGGAAA